UUUAAUUGCACAAGGAUAGCAUUCACUUUUUCUUAAGGAUAGCGUUAAUUUAGUUAGCUUUAAUCACCAAGUGUCCGCUUAGAAUAAUGUUUACAGGAAACCCGUCGAUUCGAGAGUGCAAAGCUACUUAAGGUUGCAAUAACAGAGGCAAUUAACCCUGCCACAAUAAGAUGGCAGCCUCACAGACAGGUUUGUCUGCAAGUGUAUCAACAGCAAAAACUGAUCAAUCUGAGGAUAAUGAGGCUAAGGAAGAUCAGAAAACACACACUCAAAGUGCUGAAACAAAAGAGCAUGGCUCAGAAUCUACAUAUCACGAAAACCCUAACCAGGAGUCAAAGAAUGUCAAUACACCGGAAAACAAAGAAACUGGGCUAGAAGAAAAAUUGACCAGUGAAGAUAAUAAGGAGACUACCAAGUUAGGUGAAAUGGAAUCUAAGUCACUAUCAGAAGUUCAUGAUACGAAAGCCAGUACAGAUCUUGACAGUGAUGACAGAAAGUUAGUAGGUGAUAACCGUAGCAAAACAAAAUCAGUUGGAGGUGGUGAAACUAUAAAAGAAGCUGAAAGUUCAGAAAGUAAGACAGCCCUCAGCUUAGAGACCACAAAGGAUGACAGUGAGGAAGCAUCUGUGUCAGCAAGGAAUAUAGAAAGCAAGGAGACAGAGGAUGAUACAAAGAAGAUUCCAGAUGACAAACAUUCAGAAAAGGAGGUGGGCGAGGAUCCCAAAGACAGCCCAGCAGGGAUUUCAGAUGGUAAGACAGAGAGAACUGUUGGUGCAGAAAAGAGUUCUGAAACCCCAGGAGAUAAAGGGGGAGAGGAUACUGCACCUAGUAAAGAUGAUGGAAUAAAGAGUGACAUACAGAAUGUUGCUGCAGAUGAAGACACAGUUAGCAAAGAUGCAGGGGUAGCUGUAGGAACUGAAAGUCAAAUCACGGAAAAUCCAGAGAAUAAGGGAGCUGAUAAUGUUGUGGGUAUGGCAGAUGACAAAGAUGAGGUGUGUGCAAAGAAAAGCGAUGACACAUCUGCAGCUGAUAAUAAAGAAGCCACUGAACAGACAAAAGAGGACAAGAAUGAACCUGGCAAGGAGCCUGAUGCAGAGCCAGAAGAACCCCUAGUACCUAAAAUUCCAAAUGGUGUUGCUUCGAAAGGUAAAGGCAGACGCAAAGGGACUCCAAAGAGAGCAGUACCAGAUGAUACACCCGAACCAUCUACAUCGUCUGCUGAAACAAAAUCUACACGAACACAACCAGCUAAGAAGGAAACUGCACAGCCAUCAUCUAAAAAGCGAAAGGCACCAGAAGAACAACGUGCACAACCGACAAGGCGCAGCAAACGCAGGAAGGUCCACGGCUGGGGAGCAAAGCGCAAAACCAGAUCUCUUAGAGAUCAAUGAUAUGUGGAGGAGUCGAGUGCUCACGCAUCGGAUGACAGUGAGCCGACUGACAGUGAAAAGGACACUGAAACAACCUCAGAUGUAUCAAUGACUGGCACUUCUCAGAAAACCUUGUGAGAGCACUGGAUGUACUAAAUUUUAGGUUGCAACUGUGUCAGAUGGCUGAUAAAGAUGUGGAUGUUGUAAUUGGCAAUGAGUAAGUGGUGAACCAAUAUGAAUGGGUAUGGCGGGACUAAAAAGUGAAACUGAACUGAAGCCACAAAGGAAGCUUCUGAAGAAAGCAGAGUAUCAAACCAUGUCUUUAGUAUUUACAUUUCAAUGUUCUGAAGAUUUAUUUGUGUACUGUGAAGAAAGUUGUGUCUGAAGAUGGCUGGUGACACUUUAGCCAGAGGUUCCACAUUUUUGUUUGAAUUUUAUGAAAGUUAAAUAAUAUUUUUUCUGUCUGAAGAUGACAGGUAUAGAGAGUCGGUGAUGAUGACAGGUAGAUACAUUCGGUGAUAACUUCUUACAUGCAAAUAUUUACUAUACUUCCUAGGUGGCAGUAAACUGUGUACAGGGCGUAACUAAGUUCCCUUUACAGACUUUGAGGACAGGUUCUUUACACUAAAAAGUCUAGUAUGCAUGGGCUCUAAGGUGCAUACUUUAGAAGCUAUGAACACUUUUUCAUUUUCAAUACUAUGAAAAAUGUCUCUGAUACUGCAAGGUCUUUGCUUUUCAUAUUUUAAGACGAGGUAGAAUGGACCAGAACAUUAGAAAACAAUUUCAGCAAACAUAGAUUGUAAAAUGCAUACCGUAAGAGCUAUGUGCACACUUUUUCAUCUUCACUACUGUGACACAUUUCUUCUAUUGAACAAGUGCCCAGAGCUCUUAAUAGGCAUGAUAGAGCCCAUGUUUACUCGACUUUAUUAUUUUGGUAUAAGGAACCUGCCCUCGAGGACUGUAAAGGGAAUUUAGUUACACCCUGUAUAUUUUUACCCCUCAUCUUUUAUUUGUCUUGCUAUAUCUCAUUUGGCCCAUAGUCAUCAAUGACUUAAUUGCCUAACUUUUGAAUAGCUGAGCUACAGCCCUCCAUUUCAUUGGGCAGUCAAGUCAUCUGUCACCUGGUACGUAUAAAUUUGGAUCAUGUUUAUAUAGUUGAAUGUUUUCAUUUGAUUUCACUAACAAUAGAUUUACGGAAGACGAACAUUAUUGAUGUAUCUGUAAUGCUGUUAAGAACUACAGCUAAUUUAUCAAUAUAUUGAAUGUUGUAAUUGGAAAAUUGUGAAGAUAUAUGUGCAAAAUAUAAAGAAAUUAUUUCUGUGUGUAUAAUGCUGACAAGUAUAGCAGCCACUCCAUGUAUUUAAAUGUUUUAAUGUGAAUUUUGUGAGAAUGUAACUGUGAAGUAGUCAAAACUCCAGCUGUUUCUGCACAUUUGUUUGUGUCACUUUUGAAAGACUGUUUUACUGUUCUAUAAGAGCAUCAAGUUUAGUUACAUAGCCAUGCAUUAUUGUGACAUAUAUGAAAAUCACCAUUUCAGUGUAACAGCAUUGAAGAAUUGAAUGUCUUACAGUUGUACAAAAAUGUACAUAAUAUCUGUGGGUAAGAAAUUUGCUGUCAGCUGUGACUAACGUAAUAAUGCAGCCAUCAUUUGAGUUCAAGACAGUAAGGAAAUGAAAUAUUACUUUAAGAGUAUAGUUUUUCGCAGCAGCAGGAUAUAAUUUGGCCUGCUGAAAUGUAAUCACCAGGUGAUGAAGUUGAUCGCUAGAGAUGGACAAAUAUGAUGCAACAGAAAUUCAAGGUGAAGCAUUUAUUUGUUUAGUAACCAACGGCAUUGCUUUGCUGGCGCGACUGGUUCCUGCCCCAGUGACCAGCAAGCAACGUUGGCCCCUGUCAGUACCUGGAUGGGUGACUGUAAACACCCCCCCCCCCUCUCCGUUUAGUGGCUGGCAGCCAAUUCCAAAUUCCUAAUAAGUAAAGUGUUACCAAUUGUGAUUUAGUUAUUAAAAUUAUUUGUGUGGCCAAAUGACGUUUACUGAAGUAUCAGAUUUGUCCUCUCAAUUUUGGAUUUCUCUGUAAGGGAAAGGCUUGGUACUAAUCUGAUGGUGAAUAUCCCAUGAAAACUGUUUUGUGUUGGAACUUUGUACUUCAGGACGUUAUAUGUACUUUGCUUCCCCUGAACUACUUAAUCUCACUGAUUUAUUUAUUCGUAUGGCAUCUGAUUCACUUUAAGACCACAUCAUGUUGUAGAGCUCUGCCAAAUGUGAUGUCACUUAUGGGCUGGUAGGUGGAACCUUAAGCAACUGGUGUGGUACAACAAAGCAAGGGAGUAGUAUUUUCAUUUAUAAAUUCUCACCUGAUUUCAUUUUAAUUACAGCAAAGUGAAGAUUUUACAGGUUUCUCAGAUGUCUACUGUAGUGAAUGACCAAUUCAUUGUUUAUUGUAUUCUGUGUUCAAAAAGUAGCUUUUAGAAGAUAUUCAUUAUUUCUGUCAUGAUUGAUUGGUGGUGUUAAUGUCAAAGGUGCUUCAGAGAACAACUAAAAUCGUUUUGUAAACAAUGACUGUGUUUUAUUAAAUGGGCAUUGAAGGUUUUGAAGAACUAACAGUUGUUUGAGAAGAUAAAACCAUGCAUUCAUUGUGAAUUCAUUAGUUGUAUUUGAAGCAAAAGAAUCUGCUUUCAUUGAAAUGAUGAUUGAGAAGAUGCAAGAAUGUGGGUGGUGAAAUGAUAAUCAUUAUAAAAAAAAACAACACAUUUGCUACACAGUCCUUGGCUGAUGUCAGACUGUGCAAAUACAGAAAGUUAUUAGCAGAAAGAAAAUACAAAUUUGAAUUGUAAAGCUAUUUUUUUAAAAAAUAAUUCUAACUGUACACUGAAAGCAAGCUAAUUCAUGGAGUAACUAUUGUGAAACAUUUAUAUAUGAUGAUUUUCUCUACUUACUUUUCUUUAAUUGCUUUGAAUACCAAUUUCACUUUAUUUCACAAGUCUUAAAAUUAGAGUUUAAUUGUAUAUUUUUUUACGGCAGAAAUAGAUUAUAAAUUACUCAUUACAAUGUGUCAGUGAUGGAGAUGCCAGCUGAAACUCUUUCAAAAGGUGAUACUCGAUACAUAACUUUCCAGGUAGAACAAGCACAGCAAGCAACCACUAUAACCUGUAUGUAUCACAUAUUGACUGUGUGUUUUGUCUCGUAGCAGAAAUGGUCUGUCUCGGUGUUAAAUGUUUAAGAUAAAUACCAUUUAAGUUGCUUACAAAAUUGAUGUAUGCUAUUCCUAUGUUCAUAAUUUUGAUAUAUGUGAAAUAAACUAUAAAUGUAA